AUGCCGCAUGUUCGGCCUCGCGAGUACAUCAGGGCACACCCAGACUUUGACCUGCAAUAUGUCGAAGUGAUUCACCGUCACCACAAGCGAACACCUUAUGCAUCAAACGCCUUUCCAGUCGAGAGCCAUCACUGGGACUGUGACGACGUGCACUUGCAUCUCUACGGGCAGCCGUUGCAAGGAAACGCCGCGGCAGCACCAGUAUUCCAACAAGGAUAUACUUCUACGACCAAUCCUUUUGUCCCCUCUGGCUGGAUUGGAAGCUGCAAGUUCCCUCAGAUCACUGCUGGCGGGCUAGACGACUCUUGGCAACACGGCGCAGAUCUCUAUGCCGUCUAUCACCAUCUUUUGGGGUUUCUUCCAGCCCGAAACGCAGAUUACAAGUCUGCUGUGACAUACCGCGUCACCAAUAAUGAGAUAACCAGCCAGGUGGCUGCCAUGGUCAUCAACGGGAUGUGGUCGACAACUGAUCCAUUCCCCCUUCUUGUUCAGGCUCCGAGAGUGGAUAGCUUGGAGCCGCAAUACGCGUGCGAAGCAGCAGAUUCAUUGUUCGCGGCCAUCAAAUCGAGGAGCAACCCCGAGUGGGAACAGCAUUUGGACUUGUCGGGUGGGCUGUUCCGCAAGCUUGAUGAUAUCUCCAGCGUACCGUCAAACGAUGAAGGGUUCCACGCCUCUUUCGACCGUUAUUACGAUAAUCUCUCGGCAAGACAAUGCCAUGCCAUAUCCCUGCCAUGCAAACUACCCCAUGGUGGAAACAACACCAUUUGCGUCUCACAGGAAGCCGCUAAUGCCGUGUAUCGAAUGGGACAUUGGGAGUACAGCCAGAUAUACCGUGACCAUCCAUCCUCACUUCCUGCGAGUGUCGCAGCCUUUGGUGUUUGGAUCAGCGAGCUGACCAGUCAUCUGCGAGACGUCAUGAGCGGCAAAUCCAGGACCAUUUACUUUCACAACGUUGCCCACGACGGAUCAGUUUCUCGUUUGCUCUCCAUAUUGCAAAUUGACGAAAUGACUUGGCCUGGGCUGGGAGCCGAGGUCGUGUUUGAACUUUACCAGCAGAAAGCGCCAAUGCCAAACUCGGGGUCAGCGGAUUCAAGAGACGCGCCGCCAGACUCAAAUCUUGGCUGUCACGGCGCGACAGCCCCGGACGGCCCGCUGAAAUCCCGAGCCUCCAGUCCUACAGGGUAUUAUAUCCGCGUGCUUUAUGGUGGCAAGGUCUUCAAGUCCUCGCAGCCAAUUUUGGGCCGCCUUGAUAUGCUUCCCGUGGAAGUGUUAUUGGACUAUUUGGAUGGACUAGUGGGGAAGGAAGCGAGCUUAAUCAAGACCAAAUGUCGGCGCUGA